CGUUACGUACAACCUUAUUGGUCGGACAUGACGUCAUGGCAGACGAUAACCCCGCCCUGCGGCCAACUCCCUCUCCAUGGAAGAUGGCGAGCGUUCAGCGUGAUCACUGGUCUUACAUCGUUCUCCAAUGUCUGUUACUCAGCCUCCUCCUUUGUAGAAACGGGAUUUUUGCCGACAGGAACAAGUAUUAUCACAUGUCUACAUUAUGUGCCAGAGAUAGACCUAUGCCACUUCAUAAGAAAAUCGAUGGCGCUGUGGUUACGUCGGAGGGGGAAGGAAAUUUCGAAUGCACAGUCACCUUUCGAACGGAUUCGGUGUCUCAGAGAUUUAUGUUAAGAUUCGAUCAUCUUGCGUUGGAUUGUCAGGAUCACUUAUAUAUAUUUGAGGGCUCGCACGCUUUAGCUAAUUACAAGGUUGACCUUUCGUGUCGCAGUACAAGGUCUGAUGUAGGAAUCAUCUUUACACAUGGUAAUUUUGUAACAUUACGAUAUGUGACUGACAAUUGGACCUAUCCUGGCAAUGGGUUUAAAUUGAUAAUCACUGCCUACAAAGAACCUCCUGUAGCGUGUAAAGGUUUUUUCUGCCUCAAUGAUCAUUGCAUAUCCAGUGAUCUGUCGUGUGAUGGAAUCAAUCAUUGUGGGGAUAACAGUGACGAGACUAGUCGUGCAUUGUGUGUCGAUGACAGUGCAGUUAAUCAUAUUAUGGGUCUUGGUGUGAGUGUUUUUGUGGCAAUCGUGGUCAGUAUCUUCAUUGUUUGCUGUAUGUGUGUUGUUGGAAUUGCCAUCUGUUUAUGUCGCCGAGAAAGACACCAACAGGAUCUUCAAUCUCAGUCCCAAAUCACUCCUCCUCAUCCUCUUACAGCCGGACAUCCUCCAUAUCCUAAUGGGCAGGAGUCAGAAAGUCAGGAGCCAGAGUCUGCAACCAGUGGGGAGCGCUCCGCCAUCACUUCUGGCUCCACUAAUGGCACUGGCACUGAAUCCCAAAGCAAAGUAAAAUUGCAACGCACUGAUUCAUUUAUUGUGAAAACGUCAACUAAUCAAAAAAUGCAAUUGGAUCUUCAAUGCGCAAAAUUUAUAUAUGCCACCAAUUCAGCCUUUACUCAUGUAGAACACCCCGAAUUUAUAAAAUUUUGUCAGAUGUUGCGACCUGGAUAUGAUCCUCCACACAGAAAGGAAGUUGGGGGACCCUUGCUGGACACUGUAUACAAUUCCAUUGAAAAUGAAUCAGCUGAUGAGUUAAAGGAUAUUACAGUCUGUAUGGCUAUUGAUGGGUGGAGUAAUAUCCAUAACGAACCAGUGAUUUGUGUCUGUGUGACUGAUCCUAAUGGAACAGUUCAUUUGAUUGACUCAGUUGAUACAGGCACAGAAAGGCACCCAUCAAACUCCUUAGAAAUUAUUGCAACUGCAGCAAUAAAAAAAUGCAAUCAAAAGUAUGGCUGUAAAGUAAGUAGCCUGGUAAGUGACAAUGCAAGCGAUAUGAAAAAAAUGAGAGAAACAUUAGCAAUGACAGAAAAUUUAGAUAUUGUCACUUACGGAUGCUCUGCUCAUAUUUUAAACUUACUGGCUCAAGAUAUCAAUAUUAAAGAGGUUAACGAGCAAGUUAAGCACAUUAUUGUAUACUUCCGGAAUCAUCAUUUCCCGAAGGCCAAAUACAAAGAGGUGGGUGGAAAAGAAUUGAUAUUACCACAGGAUGUUGAUUGGAACAGCUUAGCUGAUUGCUUAGAGUCAUACAUUCAGAAUUGGCCUAUUCUAAUGAAGGUUUGCAAUGAAAACAGACUCGUAAUUGACAAGGAUAUUGUAGCCAAAGUACAAAACCUUGAAAUUAAGCGCGAUGCUGAAGAUUUGCUGACACGUUUAAAGAUCAUUACUGUUGCAUUAGACAAAAUGCAAAGAAAUGACUGCACAAUCAGUGAAGGAAUUGAAUUAUGGUUUGGUGUUCAAAAUGACUUGCAACAACUUGGGAUCACUGAAGUCACGCAAGCAGCCAAAGAUAGAUUUAAUAUGGCUGUCACAGACUAUCACCUUUUAGCAAAUCUUCUGGACCCAAGAUACCAGGGUGCAAAGCUCACAGACGGUAUGAAGGAUGCUGCACUAACUGUGUGCCACACUUACUACCCAGACGCUAUGCCUUCAGUUUUAAAAUACUUGGCAAAAACUAGCCCGUUUCUGCAACAUAUGUUUGCAGAGUCUGUGCUAACUAAUAUCACUCCUCUUGCAUGGUGGCAGUCACUACGUGACAGAAUUGAUGAACCUGUUUUAAAAUUAGUUACACAGCUUCACACAGCAGUGGCUUCUUCGGCGGGAAUUGAGAGAAUUUUCUCUACCUAUGGACUUGUUCAUUCGAACCUUAGAAAUCAACUCGGACAGGAAGAAGCAGCAAAGCUUGUUAAAGUUUUCAAGCACCUAAACAAACACUACUGAGCAUUGUACAUUUCUGAAAAUAAGAAAUUCUUCAAGCUGAAGAAGCCACUGCUGUCAAUCCUGUUUUGGUGUUUGCACUUAAAAAUGCCAUUCCAUAAAGAAACAUUUAAAAAUGCUAUAUUUUAUAUUAAAUAAAACAUUCUGUACAUUCUUGAAUCUUACACUGAAGUUUUUUUUUUGUUUUUCCUAUUUUACUAGAUUAUCAAGUGUUUUAUUUCCAUAGAAACCAUGUUUUAAUAAAUGUUUUAAAACAUUUUUUUUUAAAUCAUGCCAACCCUGCCUCUUAAACUAUCCAGAACUUUUUUCAGAUUCUUUCCUCUUGACAAUAAAUUGAAUUCUCCUGUAUCACUUGAUCCCUGUUUUCGACAUUGCAUGUUGUAACUAUCAUAGUAGUGUCACUUGCUAUCAUACUUGCUUCAGAGUUUGUUCUUAUUUUUCUUUAUUUAGUAAUAAUUUUAAUGGGAAAGCAUUUUAGUAAUUUCAAUAACUAAAGGUACUAUUUUACUGUUUUGGUUUUUUAUCUAUACUGUUUUGAAUAUUUGGAAUGAUAGAGUAAGCUAGAGAAGAAGAAAUAUGGAAGUUGUCAUUUUGUACAAAAUUAUUUUAUUAUUGUGGAAGGUGUAUAUAGCAUUGCCACUAUAUACUAUAUACCUAACCGCUAUACAUGAAAUUGUUUAAACUGUUUGCUUGCUUGUAAAUUACAUAUCGGGUGUCUGCUAAAAUUUGUUACAACUUUAUUUAUUCAAAUUCCAUAUAAAAGAAAUAUUAAUUUAAAUGAAUUAUAUACCAUUUGGAGGAAGAAAAACAACCAUUUAAUUACACCCUCACGACAUAUUACAUCAAUCCUACUCUCGACUGAGAGCAGUAGGCAUUGUACACGGUCCAAAUCUGCGACGACAAUGAAUCCUGGUAAUCAACUACUUGGUGUUUUUAGCUCUUCAGCCUUCGGUCUUUUUCAUACACCUAACCCCAAAAAUCUUCGACGAGGUUCACCUCAAGAAUUUCUAGGUUUUUUUUUUAUUUUAAUUUAAUGCGUACGAGCAAUUUGAAGUUUAUAAUAGUAGUCUUCAAUGAAUACGUUUCAGGCAGCCUCAAUUUUUAUUACUUUUAUAACUGACUGAAAUUAAUGUGAAUAUUUACGUGGAAUUAGUUUGAACUAAUAUUUUUAUAAUAACAUUAACUAUAAGUUUGAAAUAUUUUAGAAAGCUUCAAAUAAGAAAAGAAUUUAAAAAUUAUCUUCAACUGUGUCGUUUAUAGAGCUGGAACUUGUCUAAUUAACUACAUAGCAAUUACAUAAUUUGUACUAAAGGUAGAAAGUUAGGCUACUGUCUUGUAUUAAAUUUAAUAAUUAGAAAUGAAUAAAUUAAUUUUAAACUAAUCCGUAAGCAGGAUUAUUGUGUCCUCGAUUAUGUGGCCACUCCCACAUUUUUGGGAUAAAAAUUACUAUUUGCGUACAUUUUGAUGAAUUUCCUACAUCGUCUGGGUGGCUUUUCUUCACUCUAACAGUAUGUUAUGUAAAAAGAAGGGAAGCUUUUCUAUUGGUAACAAUGUAGAAUUUAAUUUUUAGAAGUUAGAAGUUGGCUACUCUGUAAUCUGAUUAAUUAUAUUGGCAAUUGAGUAGCAUUUAUACUUAAGAUAUUACAUUUUUAUUAUCAUUUUUUGAUUCUUGUUUCAUUUCUGAGCAGCCGACUUUGCUUUUUGGUUAUGCCGACGGCACGUAGCGUUAGAUUUGUCGUAUGUCUACUAUUUAUGAUGAUUUAGUUAGUGUGCCUAGAUUUAUUGAAUCAGUUGCUUGCUUAAAUCUGCUUACGAUGUAGAUAGAAAUAAAACUUUAUUCGUUACAAUAUACGUAGAAAAUAAUAAUUGAUUAAGGAAUUGGAAAAAAAUAAUUAGUCAUUGUCCAGAUAUGUUUCAAGAAUGUAGUUGCAUGCAUAUUGGGAUGGGUUGGGAUGCGGAUUUUACAAUAUUGUAAACAAAUUUGGAAGAAAAGAUCAAUUUGAAGUGGAACUCGAACCAGCAAUUUCUGUUUACCAUGCAGAUGCGUUCUGGUAAGAAAUUGUGAAUUUCAGAUUAGUCUAAAUUAAUUUAUUUCUAAUUAUUAAACAAGGUGAUGAAUUCACUUUAAAGAUGUUAGAAUUAUAUUAAACAAUUAAUUAAAUCUUUCUUCUUUAAAUAUAUAAAUAGAAAAGUUCUUGAAGUAAAACAACAU